UCCAGAGAUAUCAACUUGCAGAUUAUUUUCCAGAGUGACAGACUUGCUAAUUAUUUUACCUUAAGCAUUGUUACGUUCUCUUUAUUUUACAGAUUGUUCAUGAAUCUCUACUAAAAAGGAACGUGAAUGAUUUUCAUUCAAGUGGUGAAUUACAGACUCAAGGCUAUGGACUAACUUCUUGGUUUGUGAAGACUGUUUGCAAACCAAAUUACAAGGGACAAUAAAGACCGCCCUUUACCCUUAACCUUACUAUUUAUUCCAAAUGGUAUAAAUAGUCUAUUAACUGAGUCAUGGGUUGAUCCGGGCCCUGGGGCCUGUGCAUAGUUCAGAUAGUGCAGAGUCUGUUGUGGUUUGAAAUGGCUGUUAACAUUUAGUAGUUUAAUAAAUCAGAAAGACCUGAAAGAAAAUGACUGAGGAAAAUAUCAGACGAGAUGAAACAGUUUGGAACGAAAAGUUGGAACAUUUCACAUAACAGAUUCAUGACCUGUGAAAAAGGGGAAAGGACUCAAUAUGCAUUGACUUGAUAUUUUUAUUUGAAAUAAAAAACUUAACCAAGAAGAGAACUCGUGUUGCUGCCCACUCACGAUCACUCCUCAGCGACCAAUCAGAGGGCUCAUCUGAAAACAAGCGGUUUGUCUCCAUCUAGUGGAGAGACGAGGUGGCGCAGGGAGCGGACGCUGUCAUCACAUCGCGCACACGGGCUCGAACGUAUUUCCAGAGGCUCCCGUCCGACUCCAGCGGCAGCAUCACGGCUCUGACGGCUUCAUGUCACCGGCCGACGGGAUCCGCAGCAUCCACAUGACGGCAUCAGCAGGCGCCUGUAUUUACUCCCGCUCCGCGUAUCUGCUGCCGCUGCUGCUGCGAUGGAGGUGAACAGGGACGAGGCGGAGCGCUGCAUCGACAUCGCCACUGAGGCGCUGACCGACGAGCAGCCGGAGAAGGCGCAGCGGUUCCUGGAGAAGGCGCAGAGGCUGUUCCCGACCGAGAAGGCCAGGGUGCUGCUGGACCUGAUAGCGAAGAAUGGAUUCACACCCAGAGCAGGCGGCCACUCGGACUUCAGUGGGCGCUCGGGGCCUCGACAGCGGCAGACCACCGGUGAAGAUGCGAGACCUGAACCAAAACCCUCAGACGCCUCCAAACCCUACACGGCGGACCAGCUGGAGGCCGUGAGGAGGAUAAAACAAUGCAAAGACUUCUAUGAAACCCUCGGGGUCCAGAAAGACGCGCCUGAGGACGAACUGAAGCGAUCGUACAGAAAACUCGCUUUGAAAUUCCAUCCAGACAAGAACCACGCUCCAGGGGCCACGGAGGCUUUUAAAGCUAUCGGGAACGCGUACGCCGUCCUGAGUAACGCUGGCAAACGGCAGCAGUACGAUCAGUGUGAGGAGGAGAGGCAACAUCCGUCCACACACGAACCCAGUCAGGGAAACUUCGAGCCAGACAUCUCACCUGAAGACCUCUUCAACAUGUUCUUCGGAGGAGGAUACCCGUCAAGUACUGCUAACGUGUACGCUAACGGGCGGAUGCGUCCUCCAAGGAGAGAGCGACGAGAGCGACCGCGAGAGGGGGGACUCGCUCUCUUCGUGCAGGUCAUGCCCAUCCUCAUCCUGGUUAUUGUGUCGGCACUCAGUCAGAUCAUGGUCAACACCCCCCCCUACAGCCUCAGCUUCAGGCCGUCAGCAGGCUACACUCAGAAGAGGCUAACCGAGCACCUGAAGGUGCCAUAUUACGUGGGGGAUCAGUUCUCCAAAGAGUUUACGGGGAUGAAUCGGAGGAAUUUAGAGCGUUCGGUGGAGGACGAUUAUAUUUCCAACCUUCGCAACAAUUGUUGGAAGGAGAAACAACAAAAGGAAGGCAUGUUGUACAGAGCUCGCUACUUUGGAGACUCGGAUCUGUACCAAAGGGCGCAGAGGGCUCGCACUCCGAGCUGCGUCAAGCUGUCCGAGAUCACGGCGUCACAACACGGUUUCCCUAAUCAAUACUGAGGUUUGCUGGCUGUAAAUAGACGAGCUUUACUAUCUGGAGACGACUCAACGAGCAACACAAACAAACCAGCAGCAAUCUGCAUCGAACUGAACUCAAAAACAAACUGGAUGAAACUAUGAAUUUUAUUAUGUCAAGUUUAAAAUGUAAUAUUAACAUAAUGAUAUGAAAAAGGAAAAGCCACUGAAAACAGCUCGUCCACCUGACAAGACACCGGCCUGGAAAACCUCCACGUCCCAGCUUCGCCUGAAAGCCGUGACCCAGGCCGAGCUCACUUGUUUUUUUUGUCUCCUUCUAAGAAUGCAGUAUGAACCGCCCCUCAUUUCCCUUAAAUGCCAUCAAGCUGCAUAGAUAUAUUUUCUCUAAUGUGCCUGGUUUGUUUCACACCAGGAUCGAUAAAUUAUUUCCUGGGAAAACAUCGAAAAAUGUAAAUUCCUGCAUCUUGAUUUUCUGGAUCUGCACAAAAAAUUCACUGCAUUGGAUUAAACAUAAGCUCCUCAGCGGAUGUAACCAGAGAGGGGGGGUGGGGUUACAUGCUAUAUGGAUGUUAUAUAUGUAGCAGCUGAUUAGAUACCACAGCCAACGCUUCCUCUGUCAUUUUCAACAGUCAAAUCAGCCCAGGGGAGGAGUCGGGGCUGGAGUUUUGCUUGUUUGACUUUAAAUGCACAUUGUGAAACUAUGCAGGGAUAAUGUGAAACCUCUAAUGAAUACACACUCAUGUCUAAGGUUUGUCGAGACAUGUGAAAACUGAGAUCUGUCAUCUUUUUCUGCUGUUAGUGUGUCUGUGUGUGUGUGAGAGAGAGAUAACAACUAUGAAAUGUCCCUUUACACUUUGCCUCCUUUAAUUAUAUGAAGGAUAGAGUGAUAUAAUGUACUGUAAACGCCAAGAGUGAGAGAGGUGCCUACCCACAGAGAGGGGCUUUCACAGGUUUUAUUGUUGGAGUGUACUGUCCCAUCUGAUGUUCAUCUUUUUGUUCAUAGAAUGCUAUUUAUUAUCUGUUUUAAUUUUUUGUUAAGAACAGAUUAUGACACAGAACCUUUUUCCACCAUGUUUUUAGUCCCGGAUGAACAAUAAAUGUGGAU